AUGGAAUUAGCAGUCGUUGUUAAGAAGGGCAGCAUCGGCGGAGGAGGAGGUCGCAGCUUUGGUGGAGGAGGAGGUCCCAGCUUUGGAGGCGGAGGAGGACGCGGAGGAAGAAGUGGCGAAGGAGGGAGGACUAUUGGAGGAGGAGGAAUACGUCCGAUUCCGAUUUAUGGCGGUGGAUCGCACCACGGUGGUCGCCGUUCAAGCGGAGGCCGAGAAAGAUCAGGGAAAAUUAAUCUUACCUUAAUCAAGAAUCCCUUAACCGGUUUCAUACCGUAA